CAUUUUCUUCUUUGGUUUGAGUCACGUUAAUAGCAUAUGUCAUGGAAUUUAAGGCCUUCUGGACUACAUGUACAUGCCUUCCUGCUUUGUACUCCAAAUCCAAUUUUCUAGUUACAUCUGCAAAUGCAUUUUCCCAGGGUAGCUUUCCACUACGAUACUUGUGUUUUCUUAAUGGUAUUUUCAUGGAAAACAUUUGUAAGGAUUUUGAUUUAUGCUUUAUACCAGUAAUUCUCAAACAGAAUCAGGUUGUAAAGCUCACUGGGCAUCAAGAAGUGGAAUAGCAUGAGCUUUUGAUUUACUUCAAAUCUGUAAAGUAGGCAUAAUUUUAUCAUCAGAAAAUAUAAGUAUUAUAUCAGUGCAGAUUUCUGCAUUCCAACAGAAAAGUAAAACAAUAUAAUUUGUAAGUCACAUAUCUACUCUUUUAGUUGAUCUUUGAUUGCUUCUUGUACAUUUCUGUUUGUCAUCUCUUAUAAGAGACAGAAGACAAGAAAAGCUAGAAGGCAAUAAAUCUUGAAGUCACAUUUAUAGGAGGAAAAUUCAAAAUUAAGACUAUGCUUCCCACUAACUGAUUUUUUUUUCUCAUUAGGAAAAGACCGCCAAUAUUCUGUCUUAGUUGUGGAGCAUCUUGAUCAGUCUGGUGUGAAGAACACCAGGGUCCUGGAGGAGCACCUAGCAGUCCGACCUCAUUAAUUUCCUCUGAUGUCAUAUUGGAAAAGAUCAGAAUAUCCAAAGAUAUUUAACCUUCCAUAGGAAGAAGAUGUUAAAAACUUUAAACAACCAUCAGAGUAAUAACAAUAAUGGAUCUCUGUCAGAAAAAUGAGACUGAGAUAGAAAAUAGUGAAAAUAAUGAAAUUCAAAACAUGGAAGGAAAAGAAUUAACCUAUACUUGUCCAGAUGGAAGAAGGGAAAAGAAUCAUGUUUGUUGUCUUCUCAAUAUCAGUGACAUUACGUUUGAACAAGAUGAAAAAGCCCGCAAGUUUGUUAUCGAAACUGGAUGGGAGGAGGCAGUUCAAGGCUGGGGAAGGGUUUCUCCAACUGCCUGCAUCUGGCCCAGGAAGAAGCUUAAAAAGGUGAAGGUGGGAGCAAGUGCCAGCAGCUGCUUAGUCUGUGUCAGUCUCUCCCAAGGGAUCCCUGAGACCAAGCCUCAGUCCGAGGCUGGGAAGUUGGAGUCCAGGGCUCCAGCUGAGGCAGACCCAGAGAGGGAUCAAGGCCGCCCCUCCCAGACUCAGAGCCAGGAGCACAAAGACCCCACCACCACCUCCAGGGAGAGUGGCAAGAUGUGCCUUCCCUCCUGCAAUCAGGGAGAGAAAAAAAAUCUGCAAAUAAAAGAGUUUAUUUGGUGCAUGGAAAAGUGGGCCACGCCAGAGACUGUUAGGGCCAAGGGCCCCAGCGGACGUGCCGACCGGGGUCAUUCUAUCUCAGACUCAUGGACUUCCAAGGGCCUUUUAAUUCUGCCUCCUCUGAAGGCUUCAGCCCCAACUGGCUUGGGUGUUCUGGGUAAGAAGAGUAAGAACUUUCUCUUGCAACCAGAAGAGAAGGUGCUGCGUGUAGACAAGGAUGAGUGUGUGGCUUGUGCAUGUGAAUUGAAAACAGUUGGCAGGAAAAAUGGAAAGAGACCCAUUGAGCUGGCCAAGCACCUUAAGGUCAACUGCAGGCAGCCUUUUCCUCCCGCAGUGGUCGGGACACCCCUAGUGGCCAAUCUGGAGAGGGGCUGCCUGCACUGGUCCAUCCUGCCUGAGAAAAACCUGCUGUGCCCUCCCCAUUGCAACAAUGUUUGCUGUCUCACUACCAGGCAGCUUUUGCAGAGAGAGGGAGCGCAAAACUACAAAGCCAAAUUCAAAGCUAGGGAGCAGAGACCUCCCGUGAACACUCAAAAGUGCGUUCCCAAGGAGGCCAAGCAGGAAAACAGGCACCAAACAUUGGAGACCAGUGUAUUCCCAAGACCUCCCUUGCCAUCUCUCACAGUGAGCAGAGUUGUUAUUCCCGUAUCCACUCACAGAUUCCUCUGAAUUGCCACAAUUCCCUGGGCAUAAGUACCUUUGAAGCCCGUUCAUCCUCUCUUUCUCUUCUGCCUGUACGUCCUUCUCUUUUCUUCCUUUCCCACAUCUCCCCUCCCCUUCUCUUUUCUCAUUCCUUUCCCCCCUUCUUUCCUCUCCGUCUUUGUCCUUUUUUUUUUUUGUAGUAGAACCAGAGGAAAUAAACUCAUUGUAUGGGUUUUUGAUUUAUUCUCAAAACACCCAUAUUUAUGUUACCUGCUUCAGUAGCUCAGGUAUUUACAAAAUGCAAACUGGUAAUGCCGGUCUCAGCCUCUGCCCGCCUUACAGCUCCUCUCCCACUGAAAGCCAAGUGGAUGGUGGGGAAUCUGAAAAGGACCUCUCUUGGUGAUGCCCCCGUGCAUCCUUGAGCCCACUGGAAAGGGCUCUUUCUGCCCCACCCCAGUGCCUUCAACUAAGUGUACUGGGCCUGUUUGGAUGAAGUUAUUUCCUGAUAAACCAGGCAGCUAUCUGUCUGUUGCUUCAUUUUCUCUUGCAACAAAGGUCUGAAAUGUUGCUUUAGUAGAAAACUCCAGCCUGUGUCUAAGUGGAUAUCCUUGUGUUCCAGAUGACAUAUCCUUAUAUUAUAUCCAUGGGUACACCAUAUCCAUUGGUGCUACAUGUCCAAAGUGACAUAAAUCCAUGGGUUUACCAUACUUAUUGUAUCCUAUGUGUCCAAAGUGACAUGUCCUUAUAUUGUAGCCUCGUGCUAAUCUCUGUGUCUGAGAAGUUUUAGCCACAGUUCCACAAAAUCCGUGUUGGAAAACAGCUUAAGAAUAGUUAUUUGAAAAAAGAUCACUGUGAUUAUUGUCGCCCCACAUACUUCCUCCACCCUUACUUUGCAUCUAAUAUUUUGGAACUCAACAACCCCAGAUAGACACUUAGAAUGUGGUGGUUACUUUCUCCUUUCUCCCCUUUCAUUUUACUCCAAUGCAUGUUUCCUGGAGUUGUAUAUAAAUUAAACAUUGCUUGUAAAUGAGUUAUAUUUUAAAUGCCAAGUGAGCAGAGAAAUGCUCUGAAAAAAAACUUUGCAAUAUGAAUAACCAUCUAACUGCUCUGUAAUUACUGUUUGAAUUUGCUUAAAGUAGGUUGUACUUGAACUCUGGACUUUCCAUCCCAUAAAUGAUGACUAUUUAUAAACAUCUGCUUUCUGUAAUUGCUAUUUAGUUGAGGUUGUUUGUUUUGCUGGUUUGUUUUUCUGAAACACGGGGAAUGCAGGGAUGAUUAUAGUACAGCAGUCAUUAAAAGGUGUAUUUUUGCCUA